CCCGGGCCUUUAUCAGAGCUGCUCCUCGAGACCAAGUUCACCACCGUCUUUACUGGAACCAAACGUUAUUGGAAAAGUCCAAAUCCGCAGGAGGGGCCAUCUUGUGCCACCUUGGAACCGUCUCUUUGUGGGGGCAACAAAGAGGAGAAGGAAGAUGACUGUGGACGAAUUUCAGGACCCUUCUCUCCCAGGGCGAGUUCAAGGACUGUUGGGCACGUCGAGAAAUUGGCUGUGAAGGGUAUUUCUCCAUCUGCGGGCGAGCAUGGUGGCUGUUCUCCCCACAACACUGCCACCGUGUCAGGGUCACCUCUGCCAGCCAACUCGGGCUUGGUGGUGGCUAGUGACAACACCCCAUCCCAUGGCAAAGGCCUUGAAGUUGGAUUGCUGGAGACUCCACCACGGCCCCCCUACGAUCAAGUCUCAACAGAUCCUAAACCAUGCAUUUUCUCAGAGGCUCGAGAGCCUUCUUCCUUUGGGUCCAAAGGAAGUUUUCCCCACCAUGACAUUGCUACCUCUGCGAUUGCCAUUAGCACAUCUCUGGGUGCCAGGGAAGGUCACACAGCCCUAGGAAUUCACAGCUCAGACCACAGCUGGGCUGUAGAGGACACUCGGGCACAAAGCUUCCCAGACAACAAAGCUAUGGCAGAGAGCACGUCACAGACACUCCUGCCGGGGAAUCCUUCAUCUGGACAAAGAAUUUCAGGUGUGGUUCCACUGGGGCCAACUGGAAAGACUCGUCUUGAAAUACCAGCUUCAGGACCAAGUUCAAUGAGUUCACACCAAGAGGAAGGGAGACACAAGGCAUUUCUUCCUUCCAGGGGCCAAUCUGGAUGUGGGGAAAUAGCCAUUCCCUGCUCCCCUUUAGGAAGUGAUGGUGGGAAGUGUCAAGUAUCUGGAUUAAUCGCUCUGAAGAGUUCUGUGGAUCCUUCUCACCCAGGGCAGCCCCCAGAAAUCCCUGAAGCCCCUUCUAAAUCCAUCAGGAAGAGGAGUUUGGAAGGAAUGAGAAAGCAAACUCGAGUGGAGUUCAGUGACACCAGCAGUGACGACGAAGACCGAUUGGUUAUAGAAAUAUGAAGCUUCCGAGAAGGAUGGUAUCUGUGGUCAAAGACUGUUGAUGCUUCACAAAUAAAUGUCAUCAGGCUGGCAGAAGAACUAAACUCUGUUUAUGAAAUGCCUACAGAUCAGGAAAACCGUUAUGAGUUCCUUCCAAGCCAACUCCAACCAACUCCAAAGCCCCACCAGCCACACCCUUCCCAGCUCCCCUUGGGCACAUACCACUCAUGGUCUCCUGCGUCUAGCCAGGCAGAAGUGGCAAUGAACCAAAGUCUAAGAAUGCUCAGCGUGGGCAGUGACGAGGCCUUGACACCCAGUCUUAAUCCUCUGUGUCAGUCCCUCACUGCCUCCCUCCAGUAAAAUGGCAAGAACCAGAGAGCCACCAUCGGCAUGUUUACUCGUGGACCCCACAAAGUCAAGGCAACUGACUUUCCCCAUUAGUAAGCUGAGGGUUUGCUUUGAGGGUGGCAACAUUGCUUGGGAUAAUUGGGGUAGCUUGAAAAGGAGAUGGGCUGAGAAUUGGGCAUCCAGAUACUUGUGUUCAUUUGGGAAACAAAAUUCAGAUACAUUGAAAAACUGAAGUUUGGUUGGAGUAAUUCUCCUCCAUGGAGAUUGUAAAUAUACUUUCUCCUCUGCCUAUGAUCUGGUGAAAUGCUGAUUAUUUUUAAAUGUUGCACAAAUGGUCAAUGCUCAUUUAUAGUCAGGUUACACAAGCACCUACUGUUCUUGUGCUUGGGGUCUUUUCUGUUGAGACCUUUGAGACCGUUGGUUUUUCUAGCUUAUGCAAAGGUACAUUGUGUUAAAAGUUAAUAGAACAGUCUCUCAGUAAUGAGUCAUUUUUUGAGGGGGAAAAAUUCACUUAUUUUCCUCUGAUUCUUUUUGUCAUAUUGUGCUCUGAGCAAUUUCAAUUAGAGGGUUACAUUUUAGUAAUCUGUACAGCUUAAAUUGAUGCCUGCUCAUCGUGACGGGAGCCUUUUAGAUUUCCUCCAGAAGCUUCAAGGAUACAAAACUAAUUGGAGUUUUGACGCUGUUUUACAUCUCAGUAAUUUUAUUUUGGGGGCUUGGUGUUACUUUCCUGUCAAAUUAAAUCAGCCUCUGUAUUGUGCAAGUCAGAACAGCACAGAUAAAAUUCUCCAGUAUUCCAAGCCAGUGCGCCCCUGUGCAGAAGAAAAUAGCAGAUGUACGUCAGCCAACCCAGCGAGCAAAGCCUCGGAUUCACUGCCUUCCUCUCCUUCUCCUUAAAUGGGAGAGGACAAACUUAAAGAGGUUUACACUGCUGCAUUUCAAUAAAAUUUUAUACUUGCUUUUGGUAUGAUUUUGUACAACUUGAAAUUUGUAGGCGAGCUCUUUCGGCUUAACUUUGACGUAAUGACGUUCACAUGACAACCUGUACUUCAAAGGCAAGGCAGCCAAGCAAGACAGCUCACACACAUGAACACGCUUCAGAAAGUCCUUGCCUGUGACUAAGUAUGGUCAAAUAUCGAGUAUCUUCAUGUGAAUUUUCCCAUUUUGGUGUUAUUCAUAGUAAACUUCAGCGUGAGACCACUCCCCCUGGUUCCGUAGUGUAUGUCUGUGGUCAUGUCAUGUGCACUCAUCGCUCUCCAAGUGAUUUCAAGCCCAGCCAAGAAAAACAUAGGAAGGGAAGUCAAACGGGUGUUAGACAUUCACUCCGUGUACUUUCUAAACCAAACAAAAGUGAUGUGGUGAUUAUCUAUCUGGGCUUUCGAGUUACCCACGCCACUGUAACAAGAGCGGCAGUGCGGGAAGGUGGCCUACGGCUGGCUGGAGUGAGAGAGUGAAGUCCCGACUUGAUCUUUAGCUGCGAAGUCUUGGUUGAGACCCUGUCUGCACCUCAGUUUCCCCAAAUGAGAAUGAGAGAGUUGGGCAAGAUGAGUUCCAGUUCUGGUGAGAGGGAAUGAUGAAGAAGCUGCCCCCUCCUACACACGUGGAGUCGGUGGCUUGGAGAGGCUCCUCUCUGGAGACGUCCCGGGCCCCACGGGCAAGGAGUGUGGGUGGGAUAAUGAGGAGCUGAAACACAAGCAGCCAGUCCUUGCUAUGAACAAUACGAGCUCAGGGAAGCUCCAUCUAAGUUUUUUCCUAGAGUUCCAGAUUUGGGGGUACAAUCAUUCAGUUUAUAACUGUUGGCUAAUAAUUCAAAGAUUAAAAGCAAAAACAGAGCACUACUGCAUGAGUGGAAAAUAACAUCUGUCAAGGCUUAAUUGGUUCCUUUGUCUUGGGAGGUACUGGCCAAAGGGAAAAACCUUAUUCCAGAUCCUUGCUUUCUGGGUGGCUGCUCAGGUGUCAAUGGGACCACUGGUCCUAAAUCAGUAAGUCAUAGUUCCAAGGAGCACCCACCUUGGGAUCGUGAUGGAGGCUGUGUCAUUCUAUGAGCCACCGUUGCUGGUUGCCAUAUCCCAACAUAGGGCCAAUAUGGCGAAAUGUUGCUUCUAUCUCUUUAACUCAUUGUGUCUCUUGCAAAGGUGAGCAGGUUGCCAACCUGACCUCCCUCAGCUGGUCAUUUAGCUAGCAGGUGGCAGUGUUUACAAGUGCACCUUUAUAGCAACAUGAAUUUGUGAAAAAUUAUACUGUGAUGGAUUUUUUUAAAAUUGAAAAUGUAAUUUGCAUGACUGUUAGAGAGCUGCCUAUUGAAAUGCAACCUAAAGUCAAGCUUUUUUUUUUUUUUAAUGAAGAAUCCUUUUAUAAAGCAAGGAACAACCUCUGAUCUCAUAAAUCUUAAUUUUCCCAUGGGUUUUCUUAAAGUGAAAUGCAGUUAUAGGAAAACAUUUUAAGGAUAGCAUCAGCAACUAGAACUUAGUUUGGGUUAUUGAAAAUAAAAUUUCAGUGUUAUCAGUUGGUGAUUGCUGCAGUUUUUUACUCUACGGGUACAUACUGCAUAAUGGUUAAGGGAAAACAAAUUUAUUUUAGAACAAGGUAAACCAGAGUUUAAAGAUCAGAGACAUCCCUCUUUCCCCAGUGCUGUUAAUUUUAUCGUAUCUUUAGGUAAGUGAACCAACUGGUACCUCAGCUUCUUCUAAGGAGAGCUCCAGCGAUGCUGGCCUGGACUAAGGCAAAAGGCCACCUUGAAUUCUCUGCCAUUCUCCCAGGGCAAGGCAGACAAAUGCCACGGCCCGUGAUGCUCAAGGCUCACCUGCAAAAUCCUCUCUCCAGGGGUACCUACUCCCAGCCAGAUCUCGCUGCGGAAAAAUGUAUUGAGGGGGGGGAAGAGAUUUUACCUCCCUCCUUGGCAGCCUAUACUGUUAAAUGAUUCUUAAAGUCCGUGGUGUUUGGCGGAUAGCCUGACUCCGCCUCGUGGUAAGGCUCAGUGAUGGAGAAAGGCUCGUCCCUCUAUUAGGUGUGACCUUUGGGAUUCUAGACAAAGCUAUUACCCCUUUGCUUCACACCUUACAGUAACCAGAAGAAUAUAUAGUUCAUUUGCCAAGAGAUAAAAAAAAGGUGGAGGGGUAUCUCUGAAUUCUAAUCACAACACUGCCAAUAGCCCGAGGGGUGACCUAGGUCAAAUUAGACUUUCCCUUCUGAAAAAUCUCUCUUCUAAAGCUGAGAUUGGGAGAGUAGCCUGGCAGAUGUGCAUUGUGACCACAGUCCCUGGCAUGAAAGAUAAAGGAUUUGCAGUUUCAUGCCAAGAAGUAUUUCCUUGCAUUUCCAUUCAUUACUUAGAAUGAUCACAUUAUUCAUUUUUUUCCCCAGCAUAGAAAUUUGCAUUUUGCACAAAAUUUGCCUGGUGCAGCAGAUUUUUAUAGUUAUGGAAACUGUCAUCAUUAUCGGAAUGUGCUGCUGCUCAACUCCCCAGACAUAAUUUAAUAUGGCGAGGAGAAAAUGGCCUGGCUGGCUGGCUCUAUGGGUGAUCAUAUUUCUACGACUGCAGCAAACAGGGCCUGUGUGUUUUUCUUCACUUCAGUUGUUAUUCCCAUAGUUUGUGUGUGGAAGACUCUUUGGCUUUUGAAACACUACAUUUCUCUAUACUUAAGCACAAUUUCUUGUCCUUAUCUUUCAAGACUCGUUAAAUACAGGUGUCAGGACCUAGAAAAUCUUGUGUGCUAGAUUUCUACCCUGUAUGAUUCUUCUCACCCAUGCUUGGUACUUACGUGGUAAUAUACAUAAUUUGGUACAGGGAAGAAGUACAGGGGCAUUUGAGCACAUUACUUCGCUACUGGAAGAAUAGGAGCCAGGGACAAUCAUCAGCCACACUGCCCCUUGGAGCCCUAGAGGCAGACUCAAAAAUCUUAUAUAUGCAGUCAACUGUUCAGGACUUAAUGAUUGUUCAUAAUCAGGGAAGCGAUUGGCUUCUUGGUUGUUUGUUGAAAUUUAUUUCCUUCUUUAUAUACUUAAAUUAUUUGGUUUUGAUAAAAAUAAAACUAGAUGAAAAUG